AUGGCCGCCACGGCGCAGUACCUGCCGCGCGGCGCCGCGCUCAUGCACCCCGACGGGGACCGGCUGCACCAGGGCACCACGUACCGCGAGGUGCAGAAGAUGAUGCACCACGAGUACCUGCAGGGCUUGGCCCCCGCCGCCGGGCACGCCGUCGGGCUGGCGCACCACCAGUGGCUGCCCAGCGCCGGCACGGAUUGGGGUAGCGGCGGAGGCGGCGGCGGCGCGCACCUCCCGCCCGCCGAGCACGGCAAAGGCGGCCCGCCGGGGUCCCGGGAGGAGCUGUCCGCCGCCGCCUUCCACCACCGGCCGCACCUGGUGCAUCAGCCGGCGGCGGGCGGCGCGGCGGGCGGUUGGGCGCAGGGCGGCGCGCAUCACCUGCCGCCCAUGUCUCCGCCGUCGGGGCAGCCGCUGCUUUACGCGCAGCCCUACGCGGGUCUCAACGGGAUGCUGGGCCCGCCGGCGCCCGCGCUCCACCACGGGCUGCGCGACCCGCUGGGCGCGGAGGAGGCGGGAGCGCACGAGCUGGCGGCCUCGCCGCCGCCGCUGGGGCCGCCCGAGCCGUCGGACGAGGACGCGCCGAGCUCCGACGACUUGGAGCAGUUCGCCAAGCAGUUCAAGCAGCGGCGGAUCAAGCUGGGCUUCACGCAGGCCGACGUGGGGCUGGCGCUGGGCACCCUCUACGGGAACGUCUUCUCGCAGACGACCAUCUGCCGGUUCGAGGCGCUGCAGCUGAGCUUCAAGAACAUGUGCAAGCUGAAGCCGCUGCUCAACAAGUGGCUGGAGGAGACGGACUCCAGCACGGGCAGCCCCACCAACCUGGACAAGAUCGCGGCGCAGGGUCGGAAGCGCAAGAAGCGCACCUCCAUCGAGGUGGGCGUCAAGGGCGCCCUGGAGAACCACUUCCUCAAGUGCCCCAAGCCCUCGGCGCACGAGAUCACCUCCCUGGCGGACUCCCUGCAGCUGGAGAAGGAGGUGGUGCGGGUCUGGUUCUGCAACCGGCGGCAGAAGGAGAAGCGCAUGACGCCGGCCGGGGUCCCACACCCGCCCAUGGAGGACGUUUACGCACAGGCGGACACGUCGCCGCUGCACCACGCUCUGCCCGGCGCCGUGCAAUGA